AUGGAGGUUUCCGUGCAGCAUGCGUUGAUUCUUGUGGUGUCUCUUUGGCAUUCAUCAGCAUGCGCGAAAGCUCAGUGGAAUCCAUCAAACCCUGCUACCUACGAGGAGAUGAACCGAAAGGAAAACUUGAAGGUCUCACUCAGUCUUUCCUUCUCCUUUGUCUUCAUUGGCUUCUUCUUGUUCGUUUUCUUUCAAGUCCGCGCGCGUUUUUUUCCCCACCUUCACUACACCAAUCCCCUCCCGAGAAGAAUCGCCGAAGCGAUCGAAAGGUGCCCCACCUUCGAUUUCUCCAAGAUGAAGGAGCUGCGAGUGGGGAAUGAGGCUGAGGAGUGCGCGGUGUGCUUGGUGGAGUUCCAAGACUCCGACACCGUCAAGAUGCUGCCGAGAUGCCAUCAUUUUUUCCACCAGCAUUGCAUCGAUCAAUGGUUGCCCUCUUGCAUGACGUGUCCCAUUUGCCGCCAGAAGCUGAUAUCCGAGGACACCGAAGUCAACAUUGCCGAUGUCCCAAUGGAAGAAGAAGAAGAAGAAGAUGAUGAUGAUGAUGCUACCACUGAGUUUACAGAGGUGGCAGUAACAGCAGCAACGGAACAAGCUGAACAUGAAAGUGAAGCUGAUACUGUUGUGGGACAGGUUUUGGGAUGA